CAACUGAACAAGAGGGAGAAACAGACCUCAACUCCUCUGAAAUAAAACCAACAGAGACUCAUCUGAUGAGGCCGAGCUGAAGGCUCUCUGCUCCACACAAACUACUGAAGGCUCGUCCACUCCUCUUAUUUCUUCACCCGUCUAUCGACUCGCUCUCCAGACUCCACCGCCAUGCCUCCUCAGCUUCCGACCCAGAACCAGAACGGUCCCAGGAUCCUGCAGGGCGACCUCAGCGCCCUCAGCCCGGCCGUCAAGGAGUUCGUGGACGCCAACGUGACCCUGUGUCAGCCCGACUCCCUCCACAUCUGCGAUGGCUCCGACGAGGAGAACCGCACCAUCCUGGCCCAGCUGGAGGAGCAAGGGAUGAUCAAGAAGCUCAGAAAAUAUGAGAACUGCUGGUUGGCCAGGACCGACCCGAGGGACGUGGCCCGUGUGGAGAGUAAAACUGUGAUUGUGACCCGGGAGCAGAGGGACACGGUGCCCACGCCGCUGGACGGCGGAGUCAGCCAGCUGGGCCGCUGGAUGUCCCCAGAAGAGUUCGACAAGGAGAUGACUCAGCGGUUCCCCGGCUGCAUGAAAGGUCGUACCAUGUAUGUGAUCCCCUUCAGCAUGGGACCCGUGGGUUCCCCGCUCUCUAAGAUCGGCGUGGAGCUGACGGACUCUCCGUACGUGGUGGCCAGUAUGAGGGUGAUGACCCGGAUGGGGAAAGCUGUGCUGUCCGCUCUGGGAAACGACGACUUUGUCCGCUGUCUGCACUCCGUCGGCUGUCCUCUGCCAGUCAAAAAGCCUUUGGUGAACAACUGGCCCUGUAACCCCGAGCAGACGUUAAUCGCCCACAUCCCGGACCGCAGACAGAUCGUCUCAUACGGCAGUGGUUAUGGAGGAAACUCCCUGCUGGGGAAGAAGUGCUUCGCUCUGCGCAUCGCCUCACGAAUCGCCAAGGAGGAGGGCUGGCUGGCUGAACACAUGCUGAUCCUGGGCGUCACUAAUCCUGCUGGGGAGAAGAAGUACAUGGCGGCAGCGUUCCCAAGCGCCUGCGGGAAGACGAACCUGGCCAUGCUCUGCCCCACGCUGCCCGGCUGGAAGGUCGAGUGUGUGGGAGACGACAUCGCCUGGAUGAAGUUUGACAAACAAGGCAAUCUACGAGCAAUCAACCCCGAGAACGGCUUCUUCGGAGUUGCCCCCGGCACCUCCGCCAAGACAAACCCCAACGCCAUGGAGACCAUCAUCAAGAACACCGUUUUCACCAAUGUUGCAGAGACCAGCGAUGGCGGCGUGUACUGGGAGGGAAUGGACCAGUCGCUGCCCGAAGGAGUCACGAUCACGUCCUGGAAGAACAAACCCUGGAGCUCAGACGACGGCGAACCCUGCGCUCACCCCAACUCCCGUUUCUGCACUCCGGCCGGACAGUGUCCCAUCAUCGACCCACAGUGGGAAUCCCCAGAGGGAGUCCCCAUCGAGGCCAUCAUCUUCGGAGGGCGCAGGCCGCAAGGUGUCCCUCUGGUAUACGAGGCUUUCAGCUGGCAACACGGAGUGUUUGUCGGAGCAGCCAUGAGGUCAGAGGCCACCGCCGCAGCUGAACACAAAGGCAAGAUCAUCAUGCACGACCCCUUUGCCAUGCGCCCCUUCUUUGGCUACAACUUCGGCCAGUACCUCUCUCACUGGCUGAGCAUGGCCGACCGCCCCGCCGCCAAACUGCCCAAGAUCUUCCAUGUCAACUGGUUCCGCAAGAGCCCCACCGCCGGGUUCCUCUGGCCCGGCUUUGGCGACAACAUCCGUGUGCUGGACUGGAUGUUCAGGAGGGUGAACGGCGAAGCUGGCGCCAUGCCCUCUGCCAUUGGCUACCUGCCGUGCAGCGAUUCCCUGAACCUCCAGGGCCUGAAGGGGGAUGUGGACCUUGAUGAGCUGUUCUCCCUGGACAAGGACUUCUGGCAGAGCGAGGUGGAGGAGGUGAGGAGGUACUUCAACACGCAGGUGAACGACGACCUGCCCAACGAGGUGGCCCGGCAGCUGGAACUCCUGGAGCAGAGAGUGAAGCAGAUGUAAAGACGAGGGGAAAAGCAAUGUGUUAGUAAGUCUGAAGGACAAUGUUUGUAAUUCUAGAACAGAACAUUGGUAAUAACAGAAUGGAAUGUUGGUAAUUCUAGAACUGAAUGUUGAUAAUUCUAGAACGGAAUGUUGAUAAUUCUAGAACGGAAUGUUGAUAAUUCUAGAACGGAAUGUUUGUAUUUCCAGAACAGAAUGCUCGUUAUUCUACAUCUUAUCACGGUUUUACUGAGAAACUGAUUUCUAAAGAAUUGUUUUGCUUUGAGAUGGAGCCGUACAACUUCAUGGAAAUAGACAAUUCACUUCUGGUAAUUUUUUUUCUUUUUUUUUAACACUGUUUAUUUUUGAUUUGUUAGCAAGAAAUCAUUCCCCUUUUCCAGAUUGUUAACAUUGGGCCGGGGAUGUUGAGAUGAAUUUUAUGAACUUGUUGAGUUAACAAACAGUACUAACUGUGCUUGCCGAAAAUUCGGCAGCCAGGUGGUACUGUGUCCAGACUGCUGAUCCAAACAGGAAAUGUUUCCUUCCAUCCGUCCGCAUGCUGUCGGUCAGCACUAUGUUUUUGACUGUUGUCUGAAUGUAUUGUCCUACUGUACGUCUAAAUUCUAAUAUUUAAUAGUAAGUUAUUAUAAGUGCACAACAUGCUGUCCUUGCCAUAUGGACUUCAUGGCAGAGAAAGAGUAAAUGAGUCCAGUGUUGUUUGACCCCUGAACAUAGGGUAAAAGUAUGUUUUCUGUUCCUAUCUUUUUUUUUUUUUUUUUUGCCCUAAUUUAUUUUUGUACACUGUUGGUAUCUGUUUGGUUCUGUUUUGCUGUAAUCUUGAACCCCUGAAGAAGGGAGAACACAAUAAAAGUAUUUUCAAGUA